AUGGGAAAAGCAACUGCGGAGAAUCUACAAAAUUCACCUGAUAGUGAAGCUCUGAACACCGAAGAGAUCAUAAAAAACAAUGUGGAUUUCUCAUUAGUAAAAAUUGAAGUUGAAGAAAAAUCGAAAGAAAAGGAUUCAGGUUUAGAUGAACGGUCACCGGUCUGGGUUGAACCCGAUUCAUUGACCAUUAGUGUUGAAUCUGAUUCUGAGUCAAUGGGCUAUACUAUUUUUUCUGAUAGUAGUGAGCUUUCAUAUUCAGAUUGUGCCGAAUCGCUUCCUUUAACAGUUGUGCCUAUUUCUUUUAUUGAGCCCGAGGAUUUCAAAGAGUCAGAUGAAAAAACUAUGCCUAUUAGGCAUAUGCCUCUUAAAAUGGUGGGAGUUGGCAUGUGUAACUUAGGCAACACAUGCUUCUUGAAUGCGGUUGUGCAAUGUUUUAUGCACAACGUGGUGUUGCUUCAGCUUCUUGCAUCGUUUGAUCAUGUAUCACCAUGUGAUACUCACUUGACCGGAUUCUGCGUAGUUUGCAUGAUUCGGCAGAUAGUUGACCUUUCUAUGUCUGGUGUCUCUGAUAAUGUCACGCCAAAGAAAAUUUUUAGCCACUUGAGAGAUUUUUCACUUACUUUCCGACCGAAUCAACAAGAAGAUGCACAUGAAUUCUUACAAUGCUUUCUCAAUAAGCUUGAAAUUUGUUGUUACAAUUUAAAGCCACGAAACAACAUUGUGAAGGAGGCCUUUGGUGGCCGCCUUGUGAGCAUGCUUCGUUGUUUCAAUUGUUGUCAUUUAUCUGUCACACACGAGCCUCUAAUCGACCUAAGCUUGGAGAUUGUGGACGUUGAUAGUGUACCAAAAGCAUUGGAGUCUUUCACUAAAAUCGAGAAAAUUGAAUUUUCUUGUGAAAAGUGCAAGACACAAGGGCCAUUUGAGAAACAACUCCUCAUCGAUCGUGCCCCUUCUGUUGCUACCCUUUGUUUGAAGAGAUUCAAUAAUGACGGGUUUGUUGUUCAGAAGGUGGACAAGCAUGUUUCAUUUCCAUUGGAAUUGGACAUGUUUCAUUAUACCAACAAAAUAAAUAAUGAAGAAAUGAAAUACGAUUUGUAUGCAGUUAUAGUGCAUUCGGGGUUUUCAAUCUCUUCAGGACACUAUUACAGCUUCAUUCGUUGUAAUCCAAAUGAAUGGUACAAAUUUAAUGACGAGCAAGUUCAUUGGGUUCACAAAGAUCAUGUUUUGGCAGAGCAGGCGUACAUUUUGUUUUAUGCAAAAAGAGGCACUCUGUGGUUUUCAGAUUAUAGACAAAUCCACAAACCCUUCGUAAAUCUGGUUACCCCCUCAACUUCUUCGUGCAUUCCAAAUAAUCAUGCUUCUGAUGUUGGUGAAUCCAAUCACGCGGCAGAUGACACAUCUCCGAAGCCUACACCCAACAAGAGAAUCAAAGGAGACUAUUAG